CUUUUAUUAUAAAAUGAAAAGAGUGGAAGUUCAAGCUGACCUAUUUAAUAAAUGAAAUUAUCAGUAAAGUAUGCUUUAGUCUGCAUAUUAUUUACUAUUAAGUUAGAUUUUUGCACCCACUGAAAGGAUAAUAUGAAUAUUAUAUAUAUAUGAUUGAAAGAAAUUUGCACAAAAUUAUGCAAUUAUGAUCUUUUAAAAGCAAAACAUAACCUCCAAGGAAGAUCUUUCACAUCUACAUAACCUCCAAGGCAAUAGUUUUGGCACUUCUUAAUGAAAAUCUCUUCAGAUAGCUCUCAAUUUCAGAAUUAUUCUCCUCCCAAAUCAUAUCCUUGUCUGGAAUUGGGCUAAGAGCAGCCAUGCUUCUCAAAGUUCUUGAAAGACUGAGUUUUAUCCAGCCAUGGAUGUUGCUAGAGAUGUUUCCCUUUAUCAGCAAGAUAGCUUGGAGUGACUUGGAGUUACGUGCAACGAUUCUCCUCAGCCUCCUCAGUCAAGUAGUCCUAAUUCUGUUGGGCAACAGAAGAAAAUACAUAGCUCAAAAAUGGAUCAAAAUCUUGCUUUGGCUUGCUUACAUGUCUGCAGACUGGGCUGCUACUGUUUCUCUUAGUGUCAUUUCCAGAAGCUACUCAGAUUCUACAAUAGACAUAAGCUCUUUGAUAAUGGCAUUCUGGGCACCCUUUCUUCUCCUGCAUCUUGGUGGUCCAGACACAAUCACUGCAUUGUCUAUGGAAGACAAUGAACUGUGGCUAAGACACUCACUUGGUUUAGUUGUCCAGCUCUACUUAGCUUGCCAAGUAAUUCACAGAUCCUGGAUAGGCACCCCUCUUAAUGUUCUAGCAAUCUUGGUUCUCUUUGUAGGAGGAUUCAAGUAUGGAGAGAGGACUUGGAUUUUGUGGUCUGUAAGCAGUGAACAGUUCAGGGACUCCAUGCUUCGUGAUCCGGAUCCCGGUCCUAACUAUGCUAAAUUCAUGGAUGAGUACAGCUCAAAACAGGCAGAGGGUUAUGAAGUUUCUGUGGAACCACUAAUUGAAGCUCCUGCAGAUUUGGAGUUUGUUCCAAAUGCACCAAAGAAUAAUCUCAUUCCAAAUGCAACUAUUCUGAAUACUGCCCAUCAUUUCUAUGUCAAUUUCAAGCCUUUGUUUGCAGAUCUCAUUCUUAGUUUCCAAGAUCGAAAAAAUAGUCAAUCCUUCUUCCAAGGUCGGAACUGGGAAGAAGCUUUCGAUCUGAUUGGAUAUGAGCUCGGGUUUAUGUUUGAUACUCUCUAUACCAAGGCAAUUGUGAUUUAUACUUACAAAGGCUUCUUUCUUCGUUUCUUCUACUUAUCCUUCACCAGUUUCGUGUUUGUAGCAUUCUUGGUUGUUGAUAAGCAAUGUAAUUCACCUGUUGACUUGAGCAUUACUUACUUGUUAUUGGUUGGAGCUGUAGUCUUAGAAUUGUAUGCAACAAUCACUCUGCUUUUCUCAGAUUGGACAAUGCUUUGGUUGAGCAGACAUAAGAAUUCACUCGCUGAUCUGACUUACCAAGGCAUCUCUUGGUUACAGUCAUGGCUUCAACGAUUUCAUUUGGCGCCUGCGAGUGAGAAAUGGUCUAAUUCCUUGGCAGGAUACAAUUUAACAAGUUAUUGCCUGACUAAAAGGCCGGCUAAAUGCAAUAAAGUGUACAAGUUCUGCAUUGAGAUGUUGCAGAGCAAUCAAUAUUCGAAUUUGCCGAUCAUACAAUAUGAUCUGAAGAUGUUUAUAUUCGACCAUCUACGGAGGAAAUCAAAGCAAGCAUCAGAUUUCAUCCAGAGUCAUAAGCAGGCAUCAGAUAUCAUGGAAUAUUGUAAGAGAUUAUGUAAUCAAAAGGGAGAUAAUGUACUUAGAGAAAGGAGAUUUUUUUAUGAAAUUGGCUGGAGUGUGGAGGUGGAAUUUGAUCAGAGCAUUCUUCUAUGGCAUAUUGCCACAGAUCUCUGUUACUAUUUUGAUGUAGACAAGAAGCCAGUUAUAGUUGAAAGGCCUGAAUGUAAAGUAAGCAAAGCAUUAGCAGACUAUAUGCUGCAUCUUCUAGUCAAUUGCCCUUUCAUGCUGCCAAGUGGAAUUGGCAAGAUCAGAUUUCAAGACACCUGCGCUGAGGCCAUUGAAUUUUUUCAAGAAAGAAAAUUCUUUUUGAAUGGUGAUAUAGAUGAGAAAACAAAACUUAGAGUGAAGGCCUGCACUGCAUUACUCAAAGUUAACACUAAGAUCAAACCAUCUGAAGUAAAAGGCGACAGAAGCAAGUCGGUGUUAUUCGAUGCGUGCAGGCUUGCUGAGUCUUUGCAGUCUUUGAAGGUGGAGGAAACAUGGCCAAAUGAAAAGUGGGAGAUGAUAAGUCAUGUGUGGGUAGAGAUGCUUGCUUAUGCUGCAAAUCAAUGUAGAUUUAAUUACCAUGCUAAACAGCUUAGAGAAGGUGGAGAGCUGCUUACCCAUGUCUGGCUUCUGAUGACCCAUCUGGGUAUCAGUGAAAAAUUUCAGAUUGCAGAAAGCCAUGAAAGGGUUAAGCUGGUUGUGACUUAAGAUAAGUAAAUGGCACUGGGAGUUAAAAACAACUUGAUUCCGAGACACUUAUGUUUAAUGCUAUUUGUUAUCAUGGUUUAUCUCCAAACAAAUAUUUGGGUGUAAUUUAAAAAAAAAAGCAGUGGUUUUAGAGUAGCUCUGUAAUAUCUUGUAGCAGAUCUCAGAACAUGUUGAAAGACUGUAGCAGUGGCUUCAAUAUAAUAUGUGAUCCUUUUUGUUA